GGCGGGCGGGGCUGCCCGGGCGGCUGGGGCUGCCCCUGCCCGGCUGCAGGGCACGCUGUGCGGCCCUGCUCGCGGAGAGGGAAGCCUUUCAAGAAGCCUUUUCUUGGAAAGAGGAUGGAAAUACUGCUUUGACAUAGGGUUGUUAUUUUCGCCAGGUGUUCUCUGCAGGGGUGUUGUAAGAAUUUUUUUAGGAAGCCAAUCUUGUGCUGCAAUCGCAUAACUGGCAAAACCGAUCAGCACUUUCUUACUGGGAAGUGCCAGUACGCUAAUUGUAAAGAUUUUGUGCAGACGUUUAUUUUAAAUAACGUGUAUAUUAAAACGGCAUUCUUACUUGUAAUUACAGCCCCUUGUAUUUAAUUGAGUAAACGCAAGAAUGUAUGGGAAGCCAAGAAGUCCCAUUGCCUCUGCUGCAUCUGAGGAAAGAGAAUUUGAGAUUCACCUAUUGAAAAGCGCAAAUGAUCUAGAUCUGGUGGAACUCAGAAAUGCUGAGUAGCCACUGCUACUCAGAAUUUUUAGAAGACAGACGUGAUUGUUUGUACCUAUAAAGUGAAGUAACCAAAACAAGUGAUCAGCUUGUGGAAAUAACUUCAGUGACCUCUCCAGCCUCACAAAAUAAGUUAGGGGUAAGAACUGAAUUCACAUUUGGGAAGACCUGUAUGCGUGGGCAUAUUCAGAUUGGUAUACACACAAACUGGUGAUUCUGUACUUUUAAGAAGCGUGUUUAUACAAUUUAAAUUAUGGCUCAAAACUUUCACAUAGGUUCAGUUAUUGAGUGAGUUCAACAAAUUAUUGUUCUCUAAGUUUUCAUAGUACCAGUCCUAAAUAAAAAACUCCCUUUCUUCUUUCACUAGUUUUAAAAAAACAAAAAUCCUUCCAACAACCUAGAAGCCUUAACAGACACAGUUUCUUAAGUUGCUCUCCUGCAUCUUGUGCAUACUUCCUUUCUGUACUUAAACUCAUAUUUGCUUUCCUUUCUGCUAAGCUGCCAAACCAGAUGGUAAGAACAAAAGGUCUAGCACAGCAUAACUGGUAAGCUGGAAGGACAGUGUGAAGGGGAUGAUCCAGAAAAGAAAAUAAUUUUAUUGGGACUGUUUGCGUGGCUCCAGUAGUCAAAUUCAGUAAUUGAGAGGAAUGUUGUAAAAGAAUGCUUGGGUAGCAUGUGGAAUAACUGUUUAUCUUCAGUUAAGGAGUCUGCUUAAUUUCCAACAGAUUAAAAGAUCACAAACAACUGUCCUGUAAAAACAAGAGGGGAAAAACAAUCCUUCUUGGCAACAAUGAGGUAUUUUCACUUCUGUAAGCUUCCAGGAAGAGUUAUGGGAAUCCGCCUACUACGCUUCACUUCUGUGGUGAUCAUUGUCUUACUUCUUGUGGCAGGUGCUUUAACAGCUUUGCUUCCCACUAUCAAAGAUGAGAAAAUGCCCAAUUUGAGAAGGGAACCAAAAAUCCAGAGUCAGUCUGCCUUGGAUUCAUUUACUCUUAUUAUGCAGACAUACAAUAGAACUGACUUACUGCUAAAGCUUUUAAAUCAUUAUCAAGCCAUCCCCCACCUACAUAAAGUAAUUGUAGUGUGGAACAACAUUGGUGAGAAGACACCAGAGGAAAUGUGGAAUUCCUUGGGGCCUCACCCUGUCCCUGUUGUCUUUAAAGUUCAAACUGUAAAUCGCAUGAGAAACAGACUCCAGAAUUUCCCUGAGCUGGAAACAAAAGCUGUUUUAAUGAUGGACGAUGAUACACUAGUCAGUGCUCAUGACCUUGCUUUUGCCUUUUCUGUUUGGCAGCAAUUUCCAGAUCAUAUAGUGGGAUUUGUUCCUAGAAAACACAUUUCUACUCCUUCAGGUGUAUACAGUUAUGGCAGCUUUGAAUUGCAGAACCCUGGAUUUGGAAAUGGAGAUCAGUAUUCAAUGGUUCUUAUUGGUGCAGCCUUUUUUCAUAGGGGGUAUUUAGAAGACUUUCAAAGGCAGCCAGAAGCUGUUUAUGCCUUAAUAGAUGAAACUCAAAAUUGUGAUGAUAUUGCCAUGAAUUUUCUGGUAGCCAAGCAUACUGGAAAGCCUUCAGGAGUGUUUGUGAAACCUGUUGACAUAAGAAAUUUAGAAAAAGACAGUAACAGUGGCUAUUCUGGAAUGUGGCACCGAGCAGAGCAUUUGUUACAGAGAUCUUACUGUGUAAAUAAACUGGUUAAUAUUUAUGAUGGCAUGCCUUUAAAAUAUUCUAAUAUCAUGAUUUCUCAGUUUGGUUUUCCUAAUUAUGCAAAUCACAAAAAUAAAAUAUAAGCCAAUGAAUUUAAGGGGUUAGAUGUUAAAAGAAUACUCAGUGAAUUGUACUGAGUUCAAGGAGAGAAGGUAUAAUUACUGCAUCUUUGCCAUCCUUAUUUAUAGCCUCUGAAUUUUUUUCAUACAGCUUUUUACGUUUUUUGCCCUUUCUUUCUUAUUAUCCAAGGUAAGCUUGGAGAAACCUUAAAUAAUAUACACAAAUAAUUAUCUGUGACAAAAUAAUCCUCUUUCCUUGAAACCAGAAAAGCUAUUACAAUUAAUUAGGACAGUUAUUCAGAAACGUACAGACAAAAAUGCACUCCUACCCUUCUGUGCUUAUAUAUUUUUUAUAUUUUUUUUUUGAUGUAUGUAUCUAGUCAAAUGAGGUCUAGGCACAUUUUUGAUAGUUUAUGUUGAGAUGCUUCCUUGCCUUCCCCCUCCUCUCCUCACCUCCUAUUCAGUUCCCAGUACAAACUAUAGAAAGGCUACAGUAAACUGUUGGCCAAACUUCUGGACUCCUCUAGAAAACCCCUUUGAAGUUUGUAUAUACGCUAUUCUGUAUUCUGAGAUGUUCUUGAAGCUGCUAUGAAAGCAAGGCAGAAGAGAGUGCCUCACCUUCAUCUCAGUCCUAAAACCAUUGCCUACAGUAUCUACUGCUGCUGAGACAGUGUAAAAUUAUCUCUGAUGUGGCUUCUUUCCAUAUUACUAAUUUGCCUAGAGUUGCUGAAACACUGCAAGCAGCUGAAAGGUAAAACCUAGCCGUUGGAAAUGUGUGAAACAUGAAUACAUGAAAUAUAAAACUUACAGAACUAGCCAGAAGAAAUGGAUGGGGUAUUACUUAUACUCUCUUUAGUACUUGACUUAUUUUGAUAUUUAGCAUGUACAUUGUUACAAAAAUGUGCCCAAGAAAAUCCUCACUUAAAAAAAAUACAUUUACAAUCCUAAGAGCAGCACACUGUUCUACAUUUAUUACAGAGUGUAAAUUUUGUAAUGUCACAGGUCUACAGGUUUUUUAACUGCUCUUUCAAAUGAGUAUUUGGUUCCUUUCAUCUCUGUUUUUGGUGGCUAUGAUAACAGAAUUAAAACGUGCAAUGAUGGGUAAAGCAUUAUGAAGUAUUUUAAGGUACAGUGGAUAUUUGACAGGGCUGAACUACUAUCUGGCUUCAUCAUAGCAAGAAACAGAGCUGUUAUUAACAGUUUUUGUUAGGACUCUCUGGUUUUGGAAAUGUUAACAUAGACCAGACAAAUCUUUUCCAUUGAUGUUGCAGAAUAUUUUUUUUGUAGUAUGGACAAAGGAAGAAAAGAGUGAUCAAGAGAGGAAUCAAAUCUGGCAUCCAAAGUAAUUCAGUUUCAUCUGCAUCAGCUUUUAUUUGACUCUUAGUUCAAGGGUAUCUAUGGACAAUAAAUAACAGCUCAUACCUAGAACACAAACAGCAUCUGCACACAUGGUGUGUAAUUUUACCAUUUUUUUGUAAGAAGUUGGGUGAAAAAUGUGAGAAGUUCUUCACAGCAGGGCUGAUUCUGGGUGCUAGUGUCAGGGUUUGACAGUGAGUCUUUGAGUUUCUUUGGGGGAACAGAGGCUUCUUUUGCCUUGUUCAGUCAAUGUUACAGGAUUUGGUUUAUGUUCAGUGAAGUCUUCCUAGUGUUUUUGUAAUAUUUUAAAGACAAAAUCUGAACAUGGCAAUGUAAAGUCUGCUUAAUUUUGUUCUAAUAAUGAAAAGUGGAAUUUAAUUAUUGUGCUGUAGUGAUAAGUAGUAUACAAACAGGUCUAUGAUCUUCCCAGAAAUGCAACUUUCCCAGUGGCAGUUUACUGCAUUUCAUUUACUGGUCUGUAAUUUCUGUUCUGUGCGGUAUCAACUAGAAUUGUGAAGACUCACAGAUGUUGUUUACCUUACUUUUAAAAUGUGAAAUGAACUGUCAUCUCAGCCACAUCUUAGUAUUGGGUUCCUUGUUAAAGGGACAGUUGUUGUGGGUUUGUUUUUUUUGUUGUUCUGUAUCAGUGACAGAAUUAAUAGAACAAGCUUUUAUAAUACUGGUAAAUUUAAUUUGUACAAUUGUCAAAUAAAAUACAUAAAACACA